CAAAUUUUUAACAAGGAUAGACGAUGCUUAUAAGUACAGUGAGUGUCAGGUGUCAGAGCGAACGUAGCCUAUGUGUAUAUAUCGGUUAAAAUGGCUGCUACGGUGUUAUACUCAUUACACUAUUUGAGAGAAAUUUCUUGCCGUAAAUUAUAACGUAAACUAUUUUUUUAAAACAGUGGAAGUAUUGUAUAAUCAAAUUUUUACCAUGGAAGGCCAAAGUAAUGAAUUGGUGAUGGGAAUGCCAACACUGCCCAUAUUACCUUUGGCAGUGAAGGAGGAACCUAUAGAGCAAAACAGUUCUAAGCAAGACACACAACAAUCCCAAGUGCAAGAUGCAAUUUGCAUUGAGGAAGAAUGCAACGACCAACGUAUCGAGUGUACAACUGAAAGUCAGGAGAGUGAAAUACGUGCGUUUUUGUCAAAAUGUGUUUUUUGCAAUAAAAUGUUCACCAUGGGAGACAAUCCAAAGCUUCUCGAGUGCUUACAUGCAGCUUGCACGAUUUGUGUCAACAAUAAAAUCAGCGAUCAUAAUACAUCGGUCGAUGUAGAUGUCCUGUUAGAGAGUAACGUGAUUGUGUGUCACGUUUGCAAUGUAACUAGCCAAGUGGAAAAUUUAAUCGAAAAUAGAUUUCUCUCGAAGAUGUUGGAGGAAGAAAAUGAUCUAGGAUUGGAUGACGAGACUAAAGAAGCCGAGGAAGAAAAAAAAUGUACUAGUUGUCAUGAUAACAUUGUUGCUACUAGUUGGUGUAUGGAAUGUGAAGAAUUUAUUUGCCAAAAUUGUGUUAUGGCUCAUCAAAGAUUGAAGAUAACUAAGGAUCAUAUAAUUAAGCCCAAGGAUGAAAUAGCAAAUGACAGAGAUAAUGUUAAGAGAGGAAAUAAGAAGAUACCUGCAUAUUUGUUUUGUACAAUCCAUUCUCAUGAACAGUUAUCCUUAUUUUGUCAAACGUGUGACAGACUAACUUGUAGAGACUGUCAACUCAGUGAACAUCGUGAUCAUAAAUAUAAAUUUAUUCAUGAAAUUGCAGCCGAAACUCGUACUGCCAUGUCAAUUUUACUUAAAGAAGUAAGUUACAAACGAGUAUUAUUAAAAAGUGCGAUGAAAGUUAUAGAAGAUAGACAAGUGCUAAUAUUGGAAAAGAAAAAAAGUCUUGUUCAAGAUAUAACACAAAUGGUAGUACAAUUAACAAAUGCUAUUAAUACGAGAGGAAAACAAUUGGUAAUGAGAUUAAAUGAAGUAUGUGAUCAAAAGCAGAAUACAUUGAAUGAGAAGAAAGUUGCUUUAGAUCAACUGUCCAGACUUACUGAUCAUUGUAUACUUUUUGGCACUCAUGUUUUGAAGAAAGGAUCAGACAUGGAAUUAUUAUAUAGUAAAAAAUCUGUCACAAGUCAUUUACAAAGAAUUAAAAGUAGACGAGCUGAUAUACCAAAUCCCGAGAUACCUGUCAGGAUACACUUAUCUCUAGAAAAAGUACCAGAUUUAAUAAAAGUGAUGUCAUCAAUCGGGGCAAUAGUCGUCGAUGGUAGAGUAUAUCCGUCCAUAUCUCCUAGUAAUAACAGCACGGUGGCUUGCAAUGAAUCCCAGGUCGAACAAAAGCAAACCGCGAACUCGAUAAAUACUCAUGCAGAUGGUAUCGUUCCUGUUGUCAUACAGCAAGGACUGCUGCCUAUAAUGGUAUCGCAGCAGUCCACUAACGCACAACAAAAUUCUUAUCAGCAACAAGCACCUGUGCAUCUCCCACAACAACAUCAGCAGCAGCAGCAGCAACAACAGCAGCAACAGCAGCAGCAACAACAACAACAACAACACGCGCAACAAUCACAAAAUUAUAUGCAGCAGUACAUUGCGCCACACAACAUGUCACCUAGAUCGUCGCCGCAAGCGCAUCAACCGCGGGUACCGUAUUCUGUUAAUUAUAGCAGCAGAAUGCAACAAUCUUCAUUAAUGCAUCAGCAACGCCCGUUAGGCACCUGCCAUCAGCAGCAAGUGACGUCGUCCACACAUCCACAUCAACAAACUCAAAGUUUGGAGCAGCUUGGACAGAACACUAGCUUGCGCGGGCUUCUUGCGCAUAAUUCUAUUCCGCCACCUCCCUAUCCGUCAUUCCGUGCAUCCACCAAUCAUAUGCCAUACCGAUUUUCUCAUGGAUAUAGAUACUCUUCGAGUGGAAAUCCUCAGAGGGUUCAAGUACCGCCACCUCAUACGUAUCAAGCGGCAAGUACAUCUGUCGUGCCCGUGACGACGCGUUUGCAACAAUGUAACUUAACUUCCCCGUCAACACAGCAAAUUGGAAAUUAUCCUAUUCACCGUUGGCAUAUACCGCAGCAAGCGAAUCCUUGCCUUCCUUACACCUUGCCUCGACAGAUACCUACCUAUACGCCAGUUCCUACCAACGAUACAUACAAAAUUACGUUAAGAAAUCAACAAACCAGCAAUAAUCAAAAAUACAGCGCUAAUAUGAACAGCAAUUCAUGCGACAAUCCACCGCAGUUGCAAAAUUCGGCCACCGUUUCGCUGUUACAUGCCGUCAGCUCAUCCAUACCCAAAACACCCAGUCCUGUCACCACUCCUGGCAAGUUGGAUGACACCGAGAAGAGUUUAGAUAAGUUUUGUCAGAAAUCAUUAAACGAUUUAAUGCUCACUAUUGCGAAAUUAGAUAGUAAUGGAAUCCUAGUAAUACCAGAAGCUCAAAGAAAUCAGACGGACUCGGCACAGGUCGAUAGUUCUACUGAUGAGGAUAUAAAUUCGAUGACUGAAAAUACAACAGAUAAUUCAAAAAGUACGACAGCUUCUAUGGUGAUGAAAGACGAUCCAAAUGAAGAUUGGUGUGCCGUAUGUAUGGAUGGCGGAGACGCAGUAUUAUGUUGUGACAAAUGUCCAAAAGUCUUCCAUCUUUAUUGUCAUAUACCUAGUUUAAAAUCAUUUCCAGACUUUUUAACGAAUAACAAUCGACGGCUAAAACCUCGUGAAAGUCGCUCAGGGUCAUGGCCUCGACAACAUGUGUCAAGCGAAAGUGAAACUUGGCAGUGUAUGUUGUGUACAAAUGUACUUGAUUGUUCGGACGACGUGACGAGCAGUGAAAAAAGAUCAAACGGUAUGAGCGGUAAAGAAUUGCGAAUUGCACAAAGGAUUGUCUUAGAACUUUAUUGUCAAUAUGAACAAAGUCUGCCUUUCCGGGAGGUUGUAUCGAGCGAGAUUACUGAUUAUCAUCGGAUUAUCAAGAAGCCAAUUGCGUUAGAUAUAAUCAGGGAUAAAUUGAAAUCCGAUCACAUAGACCAUUAUACGGAUCUGAGACAGGUCAUGGCGGACAUUAGGCUCAUGUUCAAGAAUGCUUUUACCUACAAUCCCGUGGAUUCGCAAGUUUACCAGGAAGCUAGAAAUUUAGAAGAGUUUUUUGAGAAAUUGUUAUUGAAGUGGGCGCCAAAUUAUGCAUAUGAUGAUCCUUUCCUCGCGCCAGACAAGGAGGAAGAUGAAGAAGUUUUCCCACCCAAUAGGAAAUACAGACGCAUAAUUAAUGAUUAAUAAAGAAUAAGUGAAUUGUCAAGUAUACCUCGUCAGAAUUGUUGCGUUUGGGAUUAAAUUAUUUUUAUUCAAUUUUGUAAAUGUUAUGUCAGAUUAUAAAAUUGAUAAUUUGGUAUAAUGUGAUAAAUGCUACAAAAAUUAUUGUAGUAAGAUAAAUUUUUUGAAAACAUUACAGAAGUAAAGCAAAUAUGCUGAGUUAGGCAAAUAAUCAAUACUUUACAUGACAAAGAGAUAAUGUAAUAUGUAACUUUUUCGACAUGUUUCAUUUCUCGAAUAUAUAUUUUAAUACAUGAAGAGAUAUGUUAGAUUUUUAAUUACGCAGAACUAGAUAAUAUAUUUUUAGUACAUUAAUAAUGAUAUUGCUUGAAGUUUUAUCACGUUAGUGAACUUAUCAAAAUGCUUAAUAUUAUUAUUUUUGAUUAAUAAGAUAAUUCGAUAUACAACCAUUUGGUGAAUAUCAUUUUCUUCGAUAUUUGUUUUUACUCAUCGCAUACAAAAAAUAUUUUAUAAAAUAUACAUAUAUAGAUAAGAAUAUAAUAUAAUAAAGUUUCAUUUAUACAAUUUUCA